UAAAGAGUGCCCAUUAGGGGUGCCAGAAAGCAGAGUACUCAAGUACGUGGACACCAAUUUGCAGAAACAGCGAGAACUUCAAAAGGCCAAUCAGGAACAAUAUGCAGAGGGCAAGAUGAGAGGGGCUGCUCCGGGGAAGAAGACAUCUGGUCUGCAACAGAAAAAUGUUGAAGUGAAAACAAAAAAGAACAAGCAGAAAACACCUGGAAAUGGAGAUGGUGGCAGUACCAGUGAGACACCUCAGCCUCCUAGGAAGAAGAGAGCCCGGGUAGAUCCUACCGUUGAAAAUGAAGAAACAUUCAUGAACAGAGUUGAAGUUAAAGUGAAGAUUCCUGAAGAGCUGAAACCCUGGCUUGUGGAUGACUGGGACUUGAUCACCAGACAAAAGCAGCUUUUUUAUCUUCCUGCCAAGAAGAAUGUGGAUUCCAUUUUGGAGGAUUAUGCAAAUUAUAAGAAGUCUCGAGGAAAUACAGAUAAUAAAGAGUAUGCUGUUAAUGAGGUGGUGGCAGGGAUAAAGGAAUACUUCAAUGUCAUGCUGGGCACUCAGCUCCUCUACAAGUUUGAGAGACCACAGUACGCUGAAAUCCUCGCCGACCACCCGGAUGCACCCAUGUCCCAGGUGUAUGGAGCGCCACAUUUGCUGAGAUUAUUUGUGCGAAUUGGAGCGAUGUUGGCCUACACGCCUCUAGAUGAGAAAAGCCUUGCUUUAUUACUGAACUAUCUACAUGAUUUUCUCAAGUACCUGGCNAAGAAUUCUGCAACUUUGUUCAGUGCCAGUGAUUAUGAAGUGGCUCCUCCUGAGUACCAUCGGAAAGCCGUGUGAGGCUGUGCGCUCCUCUCUCCCUC